AUGGUCACCUCUUUUAUAAACGCUUUGAAAGCCAAAAAGUGCGUUCACGUGAAGAAAUUAGAGCUUGUGUAUUGCUCAGCCACAGAGAUUCUCGGAAUUUUGCCGUGGCUUGAUGUUCAAGUUCUCGAGCAGAUUCAGUUGUCGGAUACUGAAAUAAGCAAUCAACUUGAGAGGUUUGCUCAUCUGGAGCAAUGGAAAAAUGCAAAAAUAUUCAAACUAUCCGAGUCUCUGUUUUCCUGCAAACGAAUUGAAUAUCUGUUUCACUUCGAACAGUUUUCCAUCAAAGUUUCCGAUUUUCCAAUAGAAAUUGCAAUUAAAAUUCGAGAUGAUCUCUUGACAAGAAGUAAAUUCCAGAAAUGCAAGAUCACAUUUAAAGGAUCAAAGUCAGAUCCGGUUGAGCUUGCAAAAAUGUUUCAGUAUGCUGGUUAUAAAGAGUUUUCCAUAGAAUUUCGAAAUUAUUCAAAUGUUCCCCAGGAAUGGGGGCUUUUUAUCGAGAGAUUGAAAAAUUGUGAAGCUUGA